AUGGCUGAAAAUAGAGAUCCUAGAAAAGAAAUGUUGAAAGAAAUCGUGAAUAGAAAGAACAUGGGAGACAAGAAGUUCCAUUCUGAAACCUCGCUGCAGCAUUUUGGAGAGAUUGUGGACGAUGAUGAUGAUGAUGAUGUAUCUGACAGUGGAAAAGAUCCAGGGGUGACGAACACAGCUCUGCCGUCUACCCCGUCAGUGGAGGAGUACCCAGGGCGGCGGCGGACCAUGUCGCAGCCUGGCCCGAUGUCUGGCAACCUGCUGACCGCCACAGCAGCACGCGCUGCCCGACGCCGACCCCAGAGGACUGUCAACUACGCUGACGCUGAUAAGACUGUAAGUGACAAACCCUCUGAUGACGAUUCUUUACCCCAAACACCUGCCGGAGACCUCACCCCAAGUCCUUCACCAUACACGGGCUACUACAGAAAUGGUGACCUGAAAUCUCUCACCCAUUUAAAAAUGCAUCGCGUCACGUUACGCAGCUACCGCGGCGGUAUGACUCCUAGGAAGCGGUCAGUGACCACAAUGGACGCGCAAUCCAUCCGGUCGGUAGAGACCCAUGCCCCACCACCGACGAGCCCUGAAGACAACGCCCGCCUUACUAAGAAAUAUCUCACGUUAAUAUUAAGUUGUAUGUACGCCGUGCUGCUGGUCACGCUAGGGUUAAUAAUUUACUUGUCAAGUCCUUUUGUGAAUAUCCUAGGAAAUAUAUAUUCUCUUGUAUUAUUGGGCUUUGGAUUUUCGUAUCAAAUGUAUCUAUUAAUAGAUAUAACACGAUACAAGCGAAAGGCGCUAAAGAACCAAAAAAUAAGGGGUGCUUACGAAAAUAAAAUCAGUGAUUUUUAUAAGAAACAAGAGGAAGAAUUCAACAAUGGUGACCGCACGCCUGAAGGUAGCAGAUCGCAGCAGAUUUACCCCUCUCCCAUACUGAAACCCCUUAAACACGACUACUGCUUCACACAUGGCAGACAUUCUGGAAGCUUCUAUCUGAAGCUAGGAGCCGCUGGAUUUGCGCUCGGCCAUUUGAUUCACUCAAUUUUGUUGAUCACUGUACAAAUAAGCUUCUAUUACGACGAGACUAUCGACAACGACGCCUGCGUCAAUCUCUUGCAGCUGACAUUCGACAUCUGCAGCCCACUUUACUGCUUUGUACAACUCUACUUCAUGUUCAAAUACUCGAAUGUACUGAUACUACGUGCUCAGGGCCUCGCGCACUUCGGUUUUAUGCAUAUGAUAGGAAGCAGCUUGUGUUUUUGGAUCAGUACAAUUGUACGGGAAACUGUGCUCGCUCUCACCAUAUACGCCAACACAGUGUACGGAAAUAAGACUGAUGGUACUGAGUACGAGACCAUGAGUGGCGCCUUUUAUAUUUCAGAAAUCAAGCCACAGCUGGAUGUGAGUGGUCUGUACGACGAGCGGUGUCAGGGCCCGGAAGCGAUCACCGUCAUCGUCGAAAACUUCUCGCCCUAUUUAUACCCUUUCAGCGUCGAAUUCAAUAUUUUCAUAGUGGCCGUGUAUUACAUAAUCUGGAACCACGUGGGUGCUUGUGACAACGAGGACAACGAGGACGGUGCGUCGAGUUUGGAAGACAAUCAGACGGUGUGCAAAAUUCCGACGGCGAACGAGGAGAACGAUUAUACAAGUAACAUAGUGAUCUACGCUGAUUGCCAUGCCUCCAACAAGGGCCUAUUCCUGGGGCUGAUACUCACUGUCAUAGUGGCCGGGUUGCUCAUCAUAGGAUUUGUCUUCAGCAGCGUCGACGGAGAUUUCUUAGAACUGGGCUACAAACUGAACGACAUAACGAAACUGGCGAUGCACGUGGUGCUAUUAUUCGCCGCGGUGUUCGCGUACAAUCAGACCCGGCAGCUGGACAUCAACGAACACCCUGUAUCGCUGCUGGACGAUAUCCUGCUCUUCAUCUGUCUGCCCGCCUUCUUCAUGGAGACCGUGUUCUCUAUGAUAGCUACCAUCAGCAUACUGAACGUCGUUAAGACCAUAGACGCGCUUCUGAUGACCAUACAAAUCUUGGUGCAGACGACUCUCCUAGUGGACGGGUUGCGUCGAUGCAGCAACAGCAGGAAGCUCCGGCGGAAGAAACCCGGCAGGGAGCUGGUCAUGUUCCUCCUCAUUACCAACGUAGCCAUGUGGCUAUUCAACACUUUCUCCUACAAAUCCCCGGAGAGCUUGGACGAGAGAUACGAGUACUACGGCAAGGCUAUCUGGACGAUAUUGGGCCAUAUCAGCCUACCUCUGAUCAUGUUCUACAGAUUCCACUCGAGCGUCUGCUUCGCUGAUAUGUGGGAUGCCGCUUAUAAGCCUGGCUCGGAUCAUUGA